AUGGCGAUCAGGCGAUCACAAGACUGCCACGUUGUUGGACAAGUGAAUAAUUAUAAAUAUCGUAAAGCAUUUCACAGAAUUUUGUUUCUCAAAAAUUUAUUUAUGGAAUCAAAUUUGAAAGAAGAAUUGCUACAAUACAUCAAAGUAAAUCUAUCAACCAUCUACUUUAAAACGUUACAGGAGAAUGAAAACGAGCCGAGCGAUGAUGAAAAACUGGCAUACAUGAGGCAAACUCUGGAUGAUCCAGCAUUGUUUUUGUCAAAAUGGGGAAAGUAUUUGCCAAAAGAGCAAUUGUUGAAAUUUGAAGGAUUAAGAGCCGACUACGAAGUCAAUUGGCACCUAAGUCAGAUACAAAAAUCCACGCCUUUAUCAGUAUCUCGAGAUUUGCAUCCCAACGCUCGUCAUAACAAAAAAAUAUUAAACAGACGAUAUAGAUAUCUUAUAACUAAACUUGACAACAGUUCGUAUUUUAGCGAUGAAGCCAUGGAAUACCGGGAACCGUUGUUGUAUGAAGACUAUGUGGGUCAAUACAUACCUGAUGAGGAAAGAUAUCCUCCAUUUGCCGACAAUGUUGAUUUAGUAGAUAGAAUGUUGUACGAUAUUGAUUCCGUGAAUGUCAGAGAAUCGACGGAGAAUGUUUCUACAAAUAUUAGUAGUCCGCAGGUACAGGAACAAUCGACAGUGAUGCAGGAGCCAUCAGGAGAUGAUAUUGUUAAUAGCAACGGAGAAGUAGAAAACGGAGAAGUAGAAAGUGGAGUAACAACUUUGGAGUCCAAUCGACCGCAUAUAUCGGAUGAGGAAAAAGAACAGUUAAGGACGGAUCUUGUCGACAUAAUGAGGGAAAAAUUUGUUUCUGGAAAUGACCCUUAUUUCGACUAUGAUACCGUAGAUUUCAAUGAAGAAUACGAUGACAUUAGCAUCGAAGAACAAGACAUUCAGGGUAAAUCAGUAGCAUUGAGAUUAUAUCCAUAUUUGUCUAAUCCGACGAUAUGGAUGAAGUUGAUACAGGAACAGGUGUUUUGGAUUACUGAAUUUGCACCGACCUACGUUGUAAUUCAACAACCAAUAAGUGAUAAUUGUGAUUAA